AUGAGCAAGAGCACGAGCAAGAACAUGAGCAAAAACAUAAACAAGAUCCCCGUGCUGAAAACAGGCUACACUGGAACCAAGUCAAAAGCAAAGCCAGCGACGUUUCUCACACCAGAACGCUUGCUCCGGUUAGCGUACCACUAUCCCUUGCUCCACAACGUAUGGUACUUGAUAGCCACCGCCACCUUGCUCGAGUUGAACUUGGUGGAAGAGAUCCCCGCGGUGUUGCACUUUGCAUUGAGACAGCAGCUCUACGAGUUCUCCAAUGACGAAGGCAAGAUUGUCAACAACGAGUACAUGUUACUCCUUGCGGAAGACUCGAUCAAAUCGAGCGCAAGGUGUCGCAUGAUGUAUGCCACGGGGGUCAAAGUGCCCGAUAUCUUGAUCCCCUUGGUCUACUACAAGCACAUCCCGUUGAAUUUCAAAUACACCAAGGGCGAAGAUAUACAUCGCAAGCAACAGUUUAUAGUUGACCAAGUCAAGGAGGUGGUGUUGAAGUUGGUGUCGAUGGUGGGGUUGCCCAAGGUGAUCAAUGCCUUGACGCUUAUCCGUGCGUCGACCCCGUCGCGUCUUGUUCGUGCGGAGCCAGUGAGACCCCGUGAAAUUGCGCCGUCGUCGUCGUCCUUGGGAGGCGAACAGACGGUGGAUGGCGCGAUAGAUGCUGCAUCCGUCAAUGUGAAGCAGAUUAAAUUUGACCUAAUACAAGGGUCAAAGUUGUGGAACACGGUGUUUUCGAACCACUUGGGCUUGAAGAUUAAGAAGCAAAUGUUGAACGCCUAUCCUGACUUGUGGUAUUUCGUCAACAACCACAUCUACUCCUACUUGUUGAGCUACAACAAGUACCUCAGCGACAAAAAGACGCUGUUGGUGGUUGUCGCGUGCUUGGUCCCCCAGGACGUCAAUCCGCAGCUUCGCGGUCACUUGAGAGGCGCAUUGAAUAACGGAGCUACAAAGGAUGAAGUGCUGAACACUCGCAUGUUGUCAUUGGAGAUUUGCCAAUGGCUCGGCAAGUCCUGGAAAGAAGGCAUUGAAUCUGUACCCAAACUAUGA